UUUGGCGAUGGAGCUCGAGUGGUGCAGCCAGGCGCUGGAUGCGCUCAAGACGAAGACGCAUGAUCAGGCAAUCGCAGAAUACAACGAUCUCAGGAUUAUCGAGGCCAAGGAGCUGCUCCAGAACUUAGGGGAUCAUCCGUAUUGUAAGGCAGCGACGCGGGUAGAGCUUCACGGCGUUCGCGACACCACCGGCUUCGUCAAUGCGAAUUUCAUCCGGCACAAGGCUCUGUUCGGGGGGCCGACGGCGAUCUGCGCUGGAAAUCCCGACGCGCCAGAUCGUUUCUGGGAGAUGAUCGUGCAGCAGCGCUGUCGAGCAAUCGUCAAACUUACUGCUGAAUGCUACGCUGAUUACUUUCCAUCAAGGCCAGGAGAAUUCGACAACUUUGGAGAUAUCAGAGUGACGAACAAGAGCUUGCAGCACAGUCGGUUUGGAGUUUCCAAGCGUGUUUUGGAAGUGGAAUCCCCCGGCCAUGAGGCCUUUGGCAUUGAGCACUUUCAAUACUCGUGGACGGACUUUGGAGUCCCAAGGUUGGUAGAGCCCGUCCUCGAAAUUUUCGAGGAGCUCUACAAGCUUCAACCUGGAUGCUCGUAUGUCGUUCACUGCAGGGCUGGAAUCGGUCGUUCGGGAACUUUUAUUACCAUUGACCAUAUUUUAAGAAGGAUUCUAAGUGGAGACCUGAGUGCCGUGAAUGUUGCUGAUGUAGUUCAGUACCUCCGACAGCAGCGAGGUGGAUUAGUUGAGACGAACGAGCAAUACUGGUUCUGUUUCAGAGCAAUUAUCAAGCACCUGGAGUGCUUUCUAGCACAGAAGUAAGCUUUGUGAAAACGAUUUUGACUGACUUUCUUACGACCAAUCGCCUG